AUUCGCUUUUCCAGUGUCCACAAGAGAAGCAAAACAAUGGAAUACCUUCUUCCUCUUCUUCUUCAAAUCACCAUAGUUUGUGUAACCAUUCAUCUACUUGUCUCAAGCUUCAAACCAAAGAAAACCUCAAAGUACCCUCCAGGGCCUCACCCUUUUCCCAUCAUAGGAAACAUCCUGGAGCUUGGAAAUCGGCCUCACCAAGCACUUGCCAAACUUUCUCAAAUUUAUGGUCCUAUUAUGAGUCUCAAGCUUGGUAGCACUACUACCAUAGUCAUUUCAUCUCCACAUGUUGCCAAAGAAGUACUGCAAAAACAUGAUCAAAUCUUUUCCAACAGGACAAUCCCAGAUACUCUUCGAGCUCUUGAUCAUCACAUACUUUCAGUGGUGUGGAUGCCACCUUCAGCACUCUGGAGGACCCUUAGGAGAGCUUGUGCCACCAAAGUGUUUUCUUCUCAGCAGCUUGAUUCCACACAAGUUUGUCGACAGAGGAAGGUGCAAGAAUUGAUGGAUUAUGUAAAGGAAAGAUGUCAGAAAGGUGAAGCCUUGGAUAUUGGUGAGGCUUCCUUCACAACUGUGCUUAAUUCCAUAUCAAACACUUUCUUCUCUAUGGAUUUAGCUCAUUACGCUUCUGACAAGUCUAAAGAGUUCAAGAACAUCAUUUGGGGCAUUAUGGAAGACGCUGGAAGGCCUAAUGUUGUUGACUUUUUUCCAGUCUUUCGCAUGCUUGAUCCACAGGGUGCUCGGAGAAGAAUGAAUGGUUACUUUGGAAAGUUAAUUGCGUUUUUUGAUGGACUCAUAGAAGAAAGAUUGCGUUUAAGGGCAUCAGAAAAUGAAGCCAAGGUAUGCAAGGACGUGUUGGAUUCCGUGUUGGAACUCAUGCUUGAAGACAAUUCACAAGUGACUCGCGCUCAUGUUCUGCAUUUGUUUGUGGAUUUAUUUGUGGCUGGAAUAGACACGACAUCAAGCUCUAUAGAAUGGGCUAUGGCUGAGUUGCUUCGUAACCCAGAAAAGCUAGAAAAAGUGAGGGAAGAGCUUCACCAAGUCCUUGUCAAAGNUGAGCAACUAGAAGAAUCACAUAUCUCAAAGCUUCCUUAUCUACAAGCAGUGGUGAAGGAAACUUUCCGCUUGCAUCCACCUAUCCCAAUGUUAGUGCCACACAAGCCAGAAGUUGAUGUUGAACUAUGUGACUUCAUGGUACCUAAAAGUUCCCAAAUUCUGGUUAAUGUAUGGGCCAUGGGUAGAGAUUCAAGUAUUUGGACAAACCCAGAUGAAUUCAGACCUGAAAGAUUCUUGGAAAGUGACCUUGAUUUUAAGGGUCAAGAUUUUGAACUAAUACCCUUUGGAGCAGGAAGAAGGAUCUGUCCUGGAUUGCCAUUGGCUUCCAGAACUGUGCAUAUUGUAUUGGCCUCUCUUCUAUGCAAGUAUAAUUGGAAGCUGAAAGAUGGACAAAAGCCACAAGACAUGGAUAUAUCUGAGAAAUAUGGGAUUACCUUGCAUAAGGCACAACCUCUCCAAGUCAUUCCAAUCCAAGCAUAAUACCUAGGAAAAUACUAUUGAAACCCUCUCUUUAGCAUGCAGAUGGAUUAAAAUAAGUGAAUGAGUAGUAAAACCUUGUUACUUUUAUCCCUUUUACUUUUUCUUAACUUGGUUAUACUAAAAUUUUUGAAAUUCUAGGA